UGGCUGUCCUGAAAGCUGUGAGCAGAUGAAUAAAUAAAAAGACCACGCUGUCUGGCUGAGAACUCCGUCUUCGACUCCUUCUUUAAAAAUAACAGAAAAUGCACACAGUUACAGAAGAAUGUGAGUGUCUAAGGAAGAAGAAGCCACACAAGCGGAGCUGCGCACCUCUGACCCUAGACCCAGUCCACUUACCCAUUCCAGCUGGGUUCCAUAGACUUUCUUCUCUUAGAAAAGUGUAAGCAUGGCUAUCAGUACAUAUUGGUGAUCAUGGAUCAUUUCACAAGGUUUGCCCAAGCCUAUGCCAAGCUCAUGACAAGAUUAAAAGAACUCUCAGGGAUCCAGGGUUCCCACACAACACCAUACCACCCACAGGGCAAUGGACAGGUGGACAGAUUCAACCGAACCCUGCUGUCCAUGCUGUGGACCAUGGAGGACAAGGAUAAGGAUGAUUGGAAUGGGUCACUGACUAAAGUUGUUCAUGCAUACAACUGUACAAAGAGCGAGGCAACAGGCUUUGCCCCAUAUUACCUCAUCUUUGGGUAUUCUCCACAUUUGCCCGUCGACCUGCUCUUCGACCUUAAAAACGAUGAAGCUCACGUGGACUACAAGGACUAUGUUAGCAAGUGGAAAAAGAGAAUGCAGGAGGCCUACACAGUUGCUUCUCACACAGCUAUGAAGGAAGCUGCUCGAGGGAAAGCAUACUUUGACAGGAGAGUUAAAGGAAGAGACCAUCAGCCUGAUGACAGAGUUCUCCUCCGGAAUCUCAAAACGAGAGGUGGACCAGCAAAACUCCAAUCCUACUGGGAGAGCCAAGUUUGCAAGGUGAAGGAGAGAAAAACAGAUGACGAAUCAGUCCUGAAAAAUGGCCAAGGAAGAGAAAAGGUGGUGCACCGGAAUCUCCUGCUGCGCACCGAGUAGCUCCGGUUAACUUUGUUGUCCUCUGUUUCUGCAGAAGCGUCCUCCUGCCCUGGACUUCUCACAGCUGAACCAGGCAUCUCCCAGAGUCUCAUCAUCAUUGAUACUGAUCAGCGGUGUAAACUGAGAAAGGACUGGGUGUGAGGGGGAGACAGAUGCGCAGCACACAGCGGACACGCAAGGACCUUUUAUCUGAUGCUUUUCCUUGCACUUACGUUAAUCCAGUAAAGGAAACGAAUCAUUUCAUCCUGGUAUCUCAUCGGGUCUGCUUUAAUCCUCUAAGGCCAUUUUAUUUGGUUCUGUUCAUUUUAUUGUUAUGUGGACCGAGGCUUUGGGUGGAAGAUUCCGGAGGUGAUGAGUCGUCCCGCACCACAUCGGCGUGUCACUGUCCAUGGUGCUGAAUGAGACAGAGCUCUUGAGAGCCGCAGCGGCAGCCGCCAGGUUGGAAGAAAAGACGCACCGGUUGGAGAAGUGGAUGAGGCAGCUCGUUUGUAGGAUUUGAACCCUUUUCUUCUCCUCAACCCUUGUUAAGUUGGAGCCAGCCAUGGGUGGAGGUGGUGUACACAGGUUAGUAAAUUCUCUGCUGAUGCUUCUGCCAGUGCUGCUGCGCUGUGAAGCACUGCGAGAGAGCUGGCAGCCUGGAAACUACACCAACAGCACAGCUGACGCGCAGAGGUUCCUCAGCGAUUACAACAGCACUGCUGAGGAGGUGUUCUUCUUCAGCGUGUCAGCCAGCUGGAACUACGACACAAACCUAACGGAUUAUAACUCCAACCUCCAGGUUAGUGCAGCUCUAGAGGAACAAGCCUUCACUGAGGCCUGGGGGAAGAAGGCCAAGCAGGUCUUUUCUAAUGAGCUUCUUGACUUUGAAGACAAGAGGCUGAUGGAGGGCAUCAUGCUGCUGGGACCUGCCAACCUUCCCCAGAAGGAAAGAGAGGAGUACAACACCAUUCUCAGCAUCAUGGAACGUAUUUAUUCAACAACUAAGGUACACCCACGGCCAAACAUAAGCUGGAGCCUGGAACCUGAGCUAACAGACAUCAUGGCCAAAUCCAGGAGCUACAAGAAGUUGCUCUACGUUUGGGAAGCCUGGCACAAUGACUCUGGCGUGCCUAUAAAGGCGUACUACCCCAGGUUUGUUGAGCUCAGCAACAAAGCCUCUAGAGGAGAUGGAUUCAAUGACACUGGAGCAGAGUGGCGCUCUUGGUACGAGACUCCAACUUUUGAGCAGGAUAUAGAAAAGCUCUACAGGACCAUCGAGCCACUUUACCUGAACCUGCAUGCAUUUGUGCGCCGCAAACUCUACAACUUCUAUGGACCCAGAUAUAUCAACCUGAAGGGACCAAUUCCUGCACACCUGCUGGGAGAUAUGUGGGCCCAGACCUGGAACAACAUCUUUGACAUGAUGGUCCCAUUUCCUGACAAACCCAACGUGGAUGUGACGGCUGAAAUGGUUAAACAAGGCUACAAUGCUACACACAUGUUCCGUGUGGCCGAGGAGUUCUUCACCUCCUUGGAUUUAGCAGAAAUGCCUAAAGAAUUCUGGGAAGGUUCUAUGCUUGUUAAGCCUGAGGAUCGAGAGGUAGUGUGUCACGCGUCUGCCUGGGACUUUUACAACCGCAAAGACUUCAGGAUUAUGCAGUGCACCACAGUGACCAUGGAGCAGUUCAUCACUGCUCACCAUGAGAUGGGACACAUCGAGUAUUUCUUGCAGUACAAGGACCAGCCUGUGGGCUUUCGCGAUGGAGCCAACCCCGGAUUUCACGAAGCCAUCGGCGAUCUUAUGGCACUUUCUGUUUCGACCCCAAAGCACCUGCACAAAAUUAACCUGCUAGAAUCGGCAACCUCUGACGAAGAAACUGACCUUAACUUCCUGUUGAAGAUGGCUCUGGAGAAGAUUGCCUUCCUUCCUUUUGGUUACCUCAUUGACCAGUGGAGAUGGGGGGUAUUUGAUGGGCGCACCCCUCCAGAUAAAUACAACUCUGAGUGGUGGUACCUCAGAACCAAAUACCAAGGAAUUUGCCCACCCACCAAGCGUACAGAGGACCAAUUUGAUCCUGGUGCAAAAUUCCACAUCCCUGAAAAUGUACCAUACAUCAGGUAUUUUAUCAGCUUCAUCCUGCAGUUCCAGUUUCACGAGAAGCUGUGUGAAGCAGCCCAUCACACUGGCCCUCUGCACACAUGUGACAUCUACCGGUCUGCAGAAGCAGGAGCCAUUCUAAAGAAAGUUCUUCAGGCUGGCUCUUCCAAACCUUGGCCUGAUGUGCUCCAGGAGGCCAUUGGCACCAGAGAGAUAAAUGCCAACUCACUAAUGACAUACUUUGAGCCUGUAACAAAGUGGCUGCAAGAACAAAAUGUGAAAGAGACCCUGGGAUGGCCUGAAUUUAAUUGGGUCCCACCCAUUCCUGAGGGCUACACAGGAGAUGGUCAAGAAUACUGAUGUGGUCCAUUCAAAGAAGUCAUGUGAAGUGAUGUAGAACAGACUUCACUGAAUCCCAAGAGGGAGGCCAUGGUGAGAAGUUGUCUGGAGUCUCUGAACUCUUGCUGCUGCUGCUCUUUAGCUUCAUUGUACAUCCAUGAUAUUCUUUGUACGAAUAAAUAAAACAAAGAAAUUGA